GCGGCGGCAGGUGCGCGCGGGCCGGGGCGGCCGCUCGUGCCGCUCCUGCGCCUUUAAGGCUCCGCGCAGGUGCCGGGGGCGCUGACGUCACGAGGCGCGCGGCGCCGCAAGGUGAGCGCGGGCGGGGCCGUGCGGGGAGCGGCGGGGCCGGGGCCGCUGCCGGGGGCUCUGCCGCCCAUGGAGCCGGCCCGGCGCGCCAGCGCGGACCAGGGCUCGGCCGCCGCCUCGGGGCCCCGCGCCGGCCCCCCGCCCGCCGCCUCCCCUGCGCGGCUGGUGCCCUUCGGUUCCGGGGGCUCGGCCCGGCCUCAGCCCGACGGCGGAGCCCCGACGGCGCCUUUCCUGGCGGGCAGCGGCGUCCCGGGCUCCCGCAGGAGCUCCCGGCCGGACGCCGCCUGUGACCCCUUCCCCUAUGGUUGCCCACGGCCCGGGGGCUCGCAGCGCGGCGGGCCCGAGGAGCGGAUACCCGGCCGGGCUGCCCAGCCCCUGCCGCUGGAGGCCGGCCGGGCACAACCGGAGGGGGCGGGCGGGCCCCACGCCUUCCCGCUGCCGGCCUUGCUGCCCCCCAGCCCCGGGGGGCUCUCCCAGGCCUCGGGCCGGCCCGCGUUCCCCGAGCUCGGUCCCCUGGAGCCCGCCGCCCCCGGGAAACCGCUUCCCGCCGAGCGGAGGGAGAUGCUUCCCAAGGCCGAGUCCAGCGACCACAUCUCGGCCUGGGCGGGCUCCUCGCCCCGGGCCGCUGCGCUGCCCAGAGCCGUCUCCAGCGAGUUCCUCGCCGGCGGGCGGGUCGGCCUGUCCAAGCCUGCGGCACCCAGUAAACCGGAGCCGGAGGAGCUCUCCCUCUUCGGGAGGUCCCUCGGCCUGCCAAGCACCGGGGACUCGUGUGACGUGCCCCUCGGCUGGCCGGGCGGGGGCCCGCAGGACGGCGCGUUCCGCAUCACAGUGGUCACCUGGAACGUGGGCACAGCCAUGCCCCCAAAUGAUGUGACAUCCCUGCUGCACCUCAACACGGGCGAGACAAAUGAUGUGGACAUGAUUGCCAUUGGGCUGCAAGAGGUGAACUCUAAGAUAAACAAGCGCCUGAAGGAUGCCCUCUUCACAGAUCAGUGGAGUGAGCUCUUCAUGGAUGUGCUGAGUCCCUUCCACUUCAUCCUGGUGAGCACGGUGCGGAUGCAAGGUGUGAUCCUACUGGUAUUUGCCAAGUACUACCACCUCCCCUUCCUGCAGGACAUUCAGACAGACUGCACGAGGACAGGGCUGGGAGGCUACUGGGGCAACAAGGGUGGGGUGAGCGUUCGUCUCUCCAUCUUCGGCCACAUGGUCUGCUUCCUGAACUGCCACCUGCCAGCACACCUGGAGAAGGCAGAGCAGCGCAAGGAGGACUUUGCCACCAUACUGCACAUGCAGCAGUUUGAGGGGCGUGUGGCCAGCGGCAUCCUGGACCAUGAUCUCGUGUUCUGGUUUGGGGACCUCAACUUCCGCAUCGAGAGCCUUGAUAUCCGCUUUGUGAAGUACGCCAUUGACAGCAACAUCCUGAGCCAGCUCUGGGAGAAAGACCAGCUGAACAUUGCCAAGAGCACCUGGCCUGUCCUCAGUGGCUUUCAGGAGGGACCCCUGAACUUCCCACCCACCUUCAAGUUUGAUGUGGGCACCAACAAAUACGACAGCAGUGCCAAGAAGCGAAAACCUGCUUGGACUGACCGCAUCCUCUGGAAGAUUAAAUCUCCCAGUGUCGGGCUUGGUGCAGGUGGGUGCCGGCCCAGCCAGGGCGUCCUGUCGGUGAGCCAGCUCUGCUACUGCAGCCACAUGGAGUACACCAUCAGUGACCACAAGCCGGUAGCUGCCAUCUUUGCAGUGCAGUUUGCUUCCAAGGCAGACAAGCCCCCAGUUGAGAUUUAUGUGGCUGACGAAUGGACCAGGCCUGAGCAAGCAGUUGUCAGGUACAAGAUGGCUGCUGGCUUCCACCGGAGCUCCUGGGACUGGAUAGGACUCUACCGGGUGGGCUUUCGGCAUCCUAAAGACUACAUGUCUUAUGUCUGGGCCAGGAGCGAUGAUGGAGACCGCUUCCUAGAGAAGCAACUGUGUGCACAGGUGAUGUUCUCAGAGGAGGCGCUGCCCAAGGGCAAGGGCGAGUACAUCCUUGGGUACUACAGCAACGCCUCCAGCAGCAUCGCUGGUGUGACUGAGCCCUUCCAGAUUUCCCUGCCCAGGUUGGAGGAGGGCAGCAGCCCCACGGACAGCUCAGGCAGCAGCUCAGAAGAUGAGGACGACAGCACGCUUGUCCUGCUGGCCCCCAAAUCCCGUAGCCCCAGCCCAGGCAAGAUGAAACGGCACCGGAGCCGAAGCCCCAGCCUGGCCAAGUUCCAGGGCCUUAUCCUGCGGCCAUCGAGUCGGGACAGGGGUACGAGCCGUAGCCCUUCACCCCAGAGCCGCCGAGGCCUCCCUGGGGACAUCCCCACCAUCCACCUGCCCCAGGAGGAAUCGGGACGCUGUGGAGCCAAAGCCAAGGAGUCAGGGUGGGCAGCCAACAGCCUGGAGGGCAGCUCCCUCUACCAGACUGUGCGGGAGCAGGGUGGUCCCCGGCGCGCGUCUGCUGACAAUCACCUGGCCAGGGCUGACCCCAGGAGUCUGGGCCUGCUGCCUGCACUCCGCCUGGAGAUGAUUGAUCAGGCCCUGGGCCAGCGGAGGGAGAGCACGGACCAGGGCUACCCCUGCCCGAGGAUGAGCCCCACCAGCCCCCCGGGGGGUAGCACCUCCCCAAAGGAGAGGAGCAGCCCCCAGGAGCUGGACAGCCAUAGCUGUGCCAUGGGCCACUGAUGCACUGGCCCCCUCCCACCUCCCCCUAGUGUGCUUGGUUUGUGCUUCUGCCACUCUCCUGCCGAGACACCCUACUCUUAUUUAUUGCAGUGACUCCUCAACCCUGUUGUGUGCCUGGUGGGAAGGGGCCUCCUCUGCUCCCUUUAGCCUCAGCUACUGCACUGGCCCUGGUGGGGCUGGGAGGUGACAUGGGGUGGGAGGAGUGCUGGCCUUGCACCUGAGGUGGGACGGGGGGCCAGGGCUCUGGCUGCAGUGGUGAUGAGCAUAGAGCCAGGACACCCCAGGGUACCCCUGAGUUCCAAGCUUGCUCCUUCCCUGUUGUUACCACUGUGCCUCAGCCUUGGAACAUAGUACAAAGCAACAAAAUAAACCAUCCUGCCCACCCUA